UGCAUCGGGAGGUGGAGUUUCUUUGGUAAUCAGUUUUCUACAGACCCGUCCCCUUUUUCCGAUUGCAAGUGAAACGCUUUCAACGUAGAAAGUUCUCUGCUAUUUGGCUUAACAACUUCGACUUUUCUCUUUUUUCCUACGUCUAUAACGACUGGGAUUCGCUGAUAUCUUAGAAUUGUCGUAUCUGUUGUGAGAAUUGUUUUGAAGAUGUGCCAGUGUUUUGCAAUGGAGAAAACAACACGCGUCAAGAAAUAGAAUAAACGCCUAUUUCGCUUCCAACAAGCGUAUCUUCCGUAUUUCAGGUAUCCUCGAUUCUAAAUGAAGUGUUUGCAGUUGAUCCCUGAGACAUUUAUCUGUAGUUCAGAUAUCGAAUAUCACAAUUAAAGAUUUUCAUUUACAUUUCUUCAUCUUCUGCAAAUUCUUCAUAAAGUACGUCCCCAGUGCAAGAUACGGGGCUGAAGGUACUUCAUCGGAUUAACCUCGUAUCGAAUUGCCACGCCACGUUAGUCCUUUUGACACGACCGAUCGUGUACAUAUAUGUGAUAAUCUACUAUGCAAAUGAUUAGAAAUGCAUAAUUUAUGUACAAUAACAGUUAAGUGAAAAACAAUUGAAGGCACUUUAAUAAUGAUAGUAAGGUCGGAAUAAAGGAAUCCACUGACAGAAUUUUUCUUUGUUUUUUUUUUUUCAUAACGAUUGUGUAGUGUGACUUUUUAAAAAGUUUCAUCCAAUAUAUUUUGGUGGCGCAGCGCAUCGGUGUGCAGUCGGCCUAAAGUCAUCGGCCAAGGUACAAGAGAAUCCUCUGCGUUCCGGAGGAUGCAGGGGGUGGCAAGUUGGCAAAAGAGGAACCGGUGUAUUGCGGCUCUGAUGGGAAGAAGAGAGAGCAACAGAGAGCUGGGCGAGAAGGUGGGGCGCGGAGGUUAGUGGCGGAUACGAGAAGAGCACCAGCACCGGUACGAAACCGAGACGGAGAAACAGGGAGAGAAAGGGAGAGCUGGACAAAGAGAGAACGAGCGUAAAGGGAGGGAGGCUUGAUAGAGAGAGAAAGAAAAUCCGGUUGCCUGGCGACGAGCCAUCUAGUUCGAUCCCAGCCAGCCGACCAGCCACCCUCUGGACGCAGGAGCAACGAGAGAAGGCGACUACCUUCUGCCUUCGUUUCCUUUUUCUUGUCAUUCUUAACUUUUCUACACCGCCGCGCCUUUAUUUCCCCAGGCUGCGCUGGAUAGUCUCUUGCUCAACCCCCUCCGUUUUUCGUGUUAACAGAGUACGUCGGUUCGCUGUACCGUUCGGAUGGUAAUGGAUUUCAGUUAGUUCGAGAAGAGAACUGCUGCUUUCACGGCCGUAGUGGUCGAUCGAGAGUGCGUUGCGUGCAACGUGUUUGUGUGUCGAAUGUGCAAUCGCUUAGGACAGUGUUUCAUUUUAUUGCUAUGAUGAGAGUGGUCAUUAGAAUGGGCUACCGCGGGGGAAGCCUCGGUUGAAAGGAAGAGAAUAAAAAACGGAAGAAAGAAGAGUAACCUCGUUGGUGAGAGAUAAAACGAGCGAGCGAUACAGGGAUAAAAACAGAAGAAAGUGUGCGUGUGGAUGCACACGCAUGUUCGAAAAGAAAGGAGAGAGCCGAGCAUCGAAGAGAGGAGUUUGACGUAGAGUAAAACCAAUAAGGGGAUAAAAGUUCGGCAAAAUUUUGCUAGAAAAAUGAAGUUCUUCGAUCCUUGUGAGUUUCGUUAUGCAAUAAAAAUUGCCAAAUAUCUCGAUGUACUUCGAUGGAACGUAAUCGACAAAUAACUGAAGAAAUAUUUUCGAAAUGCGAUAUUGCACGUACAACUGCCAUCGGCGUUAUGAUAGCUGGAAUCGAUGUCGGUUACUUCUGUGAUCCGAAUCGAUUUUUUGAUUAGUGAGAAAGAAGUAAAAUAACGAUUAUGUUCUAGAAAAGAACCGAAAACUGAAAACAUUAUCAAGAAAUUGCGCAUAGCCGUUUGCUUGUUAUAGAUUUUACAAUUCGAUAAGAUUAGUCGAUAAUCGAUAAAGAAAUCGAUUCACUGAAUUGAUGUCGCGAACAAUUCGAGUGCUCUAGGGAUAUUCUUAAAAGGAACAAAGGGAGGAAAGUUGGCCCAUUGAAAAAGCUUGCCAACUAUAACGGAUCUCAUAUCUUUUUUCAUCCUAUUUCCUCAUCUUUCUUUUUUUUCGACGUUAUUCUUUCUCUCUCUAUCUAUCUCUCUUCCUCCUCCUUCUCUUGUUCGGUCGUUCGCUAUAGCCGAUCAACGCGAAUCGAAAUCUACGUAUAGGCCAGCAACAUGUUCCAGUGUAUUAUUCAGCAAAGGAACGGAUGGAUUCAUCCUUAUAAUCCUGACACCAAGGACGUAUUUCCAGACAUACGGCUGCAGCUGAACGAACAGCUGAGAUGUCUCGACAUCAGGAUGGAGGCCCAAGUCGCCCUCGUGGCGGAGCUUCAGGAUUUUUUUCGAAGAAGAGCCGAGCUGGAGCUCGAUUACAGCAAGUCUCUAGACAAGAUGGCCAGAAGUAUACAGCUCAGACACAAAGAGCAAAAGCAAAAGCGAGAACAGUGGCCCCUAUUCUCCAGCUACGCUUGCUGGCAACAACUUAUCAACGAAACAAAGUCCUUAAGCAGAGAUCAUGCAGCACUUUCGGAGGUCUACAGCACACAUCUCGUUGGUCGUCUCAACCAGGUGAUGGAAGACGUACAGCGGAUAUACAAACGAUGCCGUGAGAUAGGAUAUGAGACGCACGAAGAGAUCCUCCGGGUAUUGCACGAAUUGCACACAACGAUGAAAACCUAUCAAGCUUAUCAGGCAGAAUCCCGGCAAGCGGAAACAAAGCUUCGGGUUGCUGAACAACAGCGUAGCAAACUCGAAGUGGCAAAUGCCCCACCCGAAAAGCUAGCACGCAGCAAGAAGUACAAGUUAAUCGAGAAGGAAGUGAACAAGAGAAAGAGCAAAUAUCAGGAAGCGAAGCUGAAAGCGUUGAAAGCAAGAAACGAAUACAUUUUGUGUCUCGAAGCAUCAAAUACGACAAUACACAAAUAUUUUGUGGACGAUCUUUCGGAUCUCAUUGAUUGCAUGGAUUUUGGCUUUCACAAUUGCAUUGCCAGAGCGUUGCUAAUGCACUGCAGCGCAGAAGAGGGUAGGCAACGUUCCUUGCAAUCAGGUGCUGAACAAUUGGCUGCCUGUGUCGGUGCUUUAGACUCGAGGGCAGAUAAACAAAGGUUUCUAGAAUCCCAUCAUUCUGCUUUCAUGAUACCGAAAAAAUUCGAGUUCCAAGGACAACGAGGAGACGAGACUCCGGAACCCGAAUUGCAAAAGUUGUUACACGCUGAGAUGGAACAACGAUUGACGCAACUACAGCAAAGAGUAAUGUCUUUGAGGACCGAAUCUGAGGAAGUGUGGAAAACUUUAGAAACUGCAGAAGCUAGUCUGUUAGAAAUGCUAACUGCGAAAGAUUACGAUUGCUCUAGAUAUUUUGGAGAGAACGCUGUACCCACAUCUAGACCUCCAGAAACUGUGCAGAUCAAGCUUAGAGCCGACAGACAAGAAACUGAAGAAUUCUACCUCACGAAAUUCAGGGAAUACCUUCUUGGCACCUCAAGAAUAGCUAGGUUAGAUGCAAAGCAAGAAUAUAUUCGACAGAGCCUAUUAGAUGGCUCCACUGCUAGCCCAAACCCGUCAAUGUCGGCAACGAAACAGAAACAGGCCCGAAGAAAACGAAUUGGUAGAUUGCAGAUGAAUGGUCAACCAAAAUUAUUUGGCGGCUCAUUAGAAGAAUAUUUAGAAAGCACAAAUCAAGAGAUACCUUUAAUUAUGAAGAGCUGCAUCAGAGUAAUCAAUCUAUAUGGUCUUCAUCAUCAGGGUAUCUUUCGUGUCUCGGGAUCCCAGGUGGAGAUCAACAACUUCCGUGAAUGGUUCGAGCGAGGAGAAGAUCCUUUGGCUGAUGUUACGGAUGCGUCAGACAUUAAUAGUGUUGCUGGUGUUUUGAAGCUUUAUUUGAGAGAAUUGAGAGAACCACUUUUUCCAAUUAUUUAUUUUGAACAUUUAAUGGAAUUAGCACAAUUAGAAUCGAAACAGGAGUUCGUUAAUAAGAUGAAGGAACUAAUUUCAAGUCUUCCAAGACCAGUCGUCAUUGUAAUGCGAUAUCUCUUCGCCUUCCUUAAUCACCUUUCAGAAUUUUCGGACGAAAACAUGAUGGACCCCUACAAUUUAGCUAUUUGUUUUGGUCCCACUCUGGUACCUGUUCCUGAGGACAAAGAUCAGGUGCAAUACCAAAAUCAAGUAAACGAACUGAUCAAAAACAUCAUUACGUUCUGUGAAGAAAUAUUCCCAGAAGAUAUUGGAGGUACUCAGUACGAAAAAUACAUCAGUAGAGAACCAGAUGACGUAGACGUAGGAGAUUCGCCGACGGAUCAGGUCCAGGAAGACAUGGAUUCCGAAGUGUAUCCAUCCGAGGAUGAAUCGGAAAACCUCGAAGCCACAGCGCAAUUCGAUUUCAAUGCAAGGUCCGAAAGAGAGUUAAGCUUCAAAAAAGGGGAUACCUUAACUCUAUACACACAAGUCAGUAAUGAUUGGUGGCGAGGUGCCUUGGCUGGUAGAGAAGGGCUUAUUCCUGAUAAAUAUAUUAUGAUCAAGAUAAAGGAUGAAGAACGUGAAAAAGAACUUCUAAAAUCGUCGAGUGAAGAAUCAAUGCGAAGAAGAACUUCCAGUUCUGCUGAUAGUAUUCUGUCGAGUAACAAUUCACCACUCAUGGGACCGUCUGGCAAUCCGACUACUUGGUCCUCUAGUACCACAUCCGACACACCGGCUACCACGAAUAUAAUUGCAACAGACAAUAUCAGUAACAGCGGUGUGAUCUCAACGAUUGUGACAAAUGUUCCUUGCAUCUCUUCGGCGCAACCAAUCAUCAGCCGAGAGGAAUGUGGAUCUCGAGUGAUAAAGGUAUCAACGCCUGAAAAAGAAAAACACAUCUUUACUUCAGAUCUUCGUACAGACACCGCACCAGUCAUUAUUAGUAAUAAUGUGGAAAAUGAAAAGAUGUCGGAUUUUAGUGAGUCAUCGAUACAACAACAACAACGCAAUGAAGAAGCUGGCGGUGAAGAAGCGGAACGAAUCUCCUUGAUGAAUUUAGAUAGUGGAGCAAAACGUGGAACCAGUAGGAAACAACAUUGGAAAUCUCAAAGCAUGGGAGACACUUUACAGCAGACAGUAAACUCUCUACAAACAAGCAGUACGGUUACCCAAGAAGAAGAACCGCAAGAACAACCAACAUUUUCGGCAAAUCGAGAACUAUGGCAAAGACGUGCAACGUCACAAACACAAUUAAAUCCACCUGCGCCACCGAAUCAUAAGAUAUUCCGCACUUCUCAAGAAUUUCGUGAAAUGCGCCAAAAACAUACACCGGAUCUUGUGAUGGAUCUACCUUUGUCCGCGCAAGAUGCUAGCAAAAAAUCUGUUUCAUCAAGUAGUCUGAGCAGUUCUGACGAGGAAAGCCCAAACUUAAAUCAACCAUCACGAGCCGAAGCAGCUACGUCACCCACGGGUGGACCCGAAUCUCCUGAUAUGAGCACGGCUGCAGAACGAUUUGCUAAACAAAAUCAAUGCACCUUGAAAAAGAAUACGAAAACAAAUCCGGACGUGCCAAAAUUAAAACGCGUGGAACCUGAACACGAACCUGAACAGGAGAUCGAGGAAAUGGUCAGAUCGACUAGUUCGAAUCAAAUCACAGACUCAAUAUCUUUAAGGUCUCCGCUUCCUUCGCGUUCGACACCUAAGGUUGUUGCGAAAUUCGCAGAUAUGCACCUAAGCCGUGGCAGUCAGGUGUCCUCGUUCAAACCACAGGUGAAGGUGAAGCCGACGAUUCUCAGGAAGCCGGUGCUGCCAUUUCCUCAUUCGCAUAUGAGUCCAGAGCUCGCAAGAAAGAUCGAAAAACAAGCGCAGAGCGCUGAACAAUCGAAUUAAUUGCUGCCAAAGUAUCGAAGAGGUGUAGCAGCGAAAAAUGUAUUUAUUUUUAGCAAUCCAUGCGUGUUUGAGUAAGAUUUCCAGACGCGUAGAUUUGCCAUUGACUUUCCAUUGACCAGAUACUCCGCCCAAUUGCAAGGACAUAAACAAAGUGUGUUAAUUACUGUAUCCAAGAAGAAAGAAAAGCCGGACAGUAUAGUUCCUUGAUAUGAUAACGUUUGAGUUAAAAAUGCUAAUACGCUACAUACGAGGUUCGAUGCUGUCUCCGGGCCGAGUUUAUUUUUUCUACAACUAUUUUCCAUUUUCGCAGAAUUUUUUUACCAAAUGACCCGCGAAACGAUGUUUCUAGUCAUCGAGCGACGAUUGAUAAACGAUGCGUGAGCGAAAAAAUACAUCGAAAAAACAAUUACAAUUUCGAAGUUAAAUAGUUGUUUACCAUGAGAGUGAGAGUGAGGAAGAAAGUGUGUGAGAGAGGGAGAAAAAGAUUUUGUACGUUGGACAAUAUGUAAUUUAUUGCAAGGAAUAUUUCUUCUCAAGGUGUAUCAGUAUGAAGUUUGCAACAAACGUGUUCGAUGUUCCUUUGAAAUGCACAUGAAUGAGCAUGAAUUUUAAAAAUAACUUUUUCCAGAAAUUUAUUUCUUAGGAGGAAUGAAUGAGAUGAGUUCGGUACCCAAAGUCGGGGUUAUUACUAUCAUUAUCAUUAUCAUUAUUAUUAUUACAUUAUAUUAUUAUUAUUAUUAUUAUUAUUAUUAUUAUUAUUAUUAUUAUUGGACAUUAUAACAUGUCACAGACAUCUUUAUUAAGAACUAUACGACAAUGAUGUUCGAUUUAUUCGAGAGUAAUAAGUGUACAAUAAUGCACGAAUAUUUAAUGAUUCGACGUCAGCUUUAGGUAUUUACUGAUAAUUCUGCUAUAAAAAAUUCAACGAAAUAGGAAGAAAACGAUGUAACACCUCGACGUAUUCAUGCCCCUUUUUCCUUAUAACCCAUUAAAAAAAAAUUAUACUCGAUUAAAUAAUAUGCGUACAGUAAUCCGAUAUGCAAGUAUUCUAUAAUUAUACUCGGAACAAAAAAAAAUAAAGUUGUUCGAAAUGGGCAUAAAUGAUCCCAGCCCAAAGUAACAAGAAUUGCGAAUGCAGUUAGGGUGACUAACUUAAUACACUUUAUAGUUACUGAUUAAAUAUUAGUACUAAAUAUUAUCGCAUUAUACCCACCGCAAUAAGAAAUACCAAAGCCAAUGAAUUAUUGCCCUCUUUUUGAUUGCAUCAUAUUUGUUGAAAGAACACGCUAAAGCUUCAAUUUUCUACAAUGCGUUCGUUUUUAUAUACCACAACGAGAGUUACAUUUUUAUCAUCGUUUUCGUAUACUCUACUGUAUCGAAUUGUUAUUUUUGAGAGAAUGCAGUAUAAUUUAAUGCGUAAUUUAAUCUUGUUACAUCUUUAUGUCAAUUUAACCCAUUAAGUAGAAGCGAAAGCUUAAUUUGACGAUUUUCCGUUAGGAUUACUAAUAUUAAUUUCAAUAAAGAAACUUGCAGGCUGCAUUGGCCGUUUCAUGCAAUAAU